CACCUCCCGGCCCCAUUUCCCGAUGCUGCCGCCGGGCGCCUCGGCGGGGCCUGGCCGCCCCUCGCCGCCCGCCGCCCCCGGGGAGCGGCUUCGCGGCCGGGACAUGGCGGGCGGCACCGGCACGGCCCCGCAGCGCCUCCCGCCCGGGGAGCAAGACCAGGAGGCCGAGCCCGAGGGCGGCAGCCGGCGGUGGGGAGCGCAGCACGCCGGGGCCCGCGAGCUGGCCGAGCUCUACUCGCCGGGAAAGAGACUACAAGAAUGGAUCUCUGUCAUCUUAUGCUUCUCUCUGAUCUGUUUCAAUUUUUACAAUCUUCUCUUCUACUUGCGACUGGAACACACACCCUCCAUUAUUGUUGGGAUAUUUGCAGGAGUUAUUACAGCUGACUUUCUAUCAGGAUUAUUUCACUGGGGAGCAGAUACCUGGGGAUCUGUGGAGCUACCAAUAGUCGGAAAGGCUUUCAUUAGACCCUUCAGAGAACAUCAUAUUGACCCUACAGCAAUUACCAGGCACGAUUUCAUAGAGACCAACGGAGACAACUGCUUUAUGACACUAGUCCCAUUGGCAAACAUGGCAUACAAAUUUGUUUCUUUUUCCCCAGAAGCAUUAUAUGAAACAUGUCCUUGGGAGUGUUAUAUCUUUGCCCUCAUCAUCUUCAUCACCAUGACGAACCAGAUUCACAAGUGGUCUCACACGUACUUCGGUCUUCCACGCUGGGUCAUAUUUCUACAGGACUGGCAUAUUAUCCUGCCACGGAAACACCACAGGAUCCACCAUGUGUCGCCACAUGAGACGUACUUCUGCAUUACAACUGGUUGGCUGAACUAUCCAUUAGAGAAGAUAGGAUUCUGGAGGUGUUUGGAGAACAUUAUCCAAGGACUUACAGGGGAGAAGCCAAGAGCAGACGACAUGAAAUGGGCUCAGAAAAUCAAAUAACUUUUGCCAGCCUUCUGCAGUCCUUAUCUUCGUUGCCAAUGUUUUUUUGUUGUUUUUUUUUUUAAAAAAAAAAAGCCAUCAGCCAAACUCAAGACCUGCAAAGAAAUAAGACUCUAAAGCACAAACUAAAAAGUGCUAACAGACUGUAAUUAAAAGAACUAAUUCUUAAAACAAUACUUGAAAUGAAGAUGAUUACUCUUACUGAGCACCUUUGUUUAGCCAUGUCGCUUACAUCUUAGAAAAUACUUCAUCACUGUAUUUCAUAAAGCUGUCAGGCAAGCCAGAAGGCAGGACAGUCACUCCAUUGGUACGUGGUGGCAUUGUAAACGUGUUGUAUCAACAUUAUUUAACACUUCAAAAAUAGCUUGUUGCCUAAGACCUCCGGGGGAAGGGUGACAACAGUUUGUCACUUCAUGUUUGAGUCCAAAUACACUGCAUGAAAACAGUGUGCCAGUACUGGAAGCCUAUAAAACCAUCACUGUUCAAUGCACUUAGUGUUUGGUAACCUUAUAGUUCCAUCUUCACGAGUAAGUAAAACUGAUGUAAUGUGGAACAGACUUUGAGAAUCCCACUCUGCCAGUGGGCCACGAAUCCUCAAGUGUCUUCAGUUCCCCUUAAUGUAAAAUUAUUCUACUCUCUAUGUGGAAUUGAGCAAACUGUUUCUGCAUAAGCCUUCAACUGUACCUUAACAAGCCUCUGCGGAGGGGGAGGGCACCCAGUACAACACAUGCUCGCAUUUGUUCGUGUGGAGUGCUCACUGAUGAGCUUUCUAUUAAGUGUUUCCUACCCUGACAAUAAAUGUUUAAAAUAGUUAUAGCAUUGGGCACAUUGCAAAUAGCUGUAUUCAAGAGCUCGAGGUAUCAAACUUGUAAUGUUAGAAGGGAAAUGUCAAUGACCGGUAUUUUGUUCUUUUUGUUUGUUUUUUUUUAAGGUGCUUGCUUGUUCCUGUAAAUAAUAUAAAGCCUUAAUCUCUUCUGGUGUAAUGGAAUAAUAUUUUAAUGUGAUGUUUGAAUGUAUAUAAUAUAUUUAUAACAAAGCAGUUGGAUAAUACUAAUCA